AUGCGGCUGAGCCAGUUCGACAUCCAGUUCAAGCCCAGACCCGCCAUCAAAGGGCAGGCAGUGGCUGAUUUUAUAGUCGAGUGUACUGCCCGGGAGGCCACGGAGCGGGUCCGGGACGAAGACGAGGAGCGGUGGACCCUCUCAACGGACGGGUCCUCCAGCACCAAAAGCUGCGGGGGUGGAGCCGUCCUCAUAACACCGGAGGGGUUUCGGGCCUACUACGCCCUCCGCUUCGCGUUCAAAUUAUCCAACAACGAAGCAGAGUAUGAGGUCACAGGUGAAUUUGAAGCAAGUGAUGAAAGAAUGAGGAGGUACCGGGACGUGGUGCUCCAACUCUUGGGGCAGCUGAUCAAUUACGAUGUCCUACAGGUGCCCCGAGACCAGAACACAGAUGCUGACAUGUUAUCCAAGCUUGCCCAAGGGGCCCCGGAGCAUAUUUCAAAAAUUGCCCGAAUUGAAGAUUUCAAGAGGUCGAGCCUGGACGCCUACCCGGUCCUACCUGUGCAAAUCCGACCUCCCUGCUGGUUGGACCACCUCAAGGAAUACAAGAAGACAGGUACACUACCUCCCGACGAGGUCGACGCCAAGUUGGUAAAACGGCGAGCCCCCACGUACGUGGUCAUGGGGGACACACUUUACAAGAGGUCCUAUAACGGCGCCUUACUACGCUGCCUAUACCCGGACGAAGCCAGGUCAAUCAUGGAGGAAAUCCACGAAGGGACCUGUUCAGCCCACCAGGGGGCCUUCGCCAUGUCCCGGAGGGCCAUCUUACAGGGGUACUUCUGGCCCAAAAUGGCCAAGGAAUGCGCCGACUACGCCCGGAGUUGCGAGACCUGCCAGCACUUCCAAGUCGCCCCCCGCCAGCCAGCCACGAGCUACACCCCCAUCAGCUCGGUCAUCCCCUUCUCCAGGUGGGGAGUGGACCUAGUGAGAGCUCUACCCACGGGGUCAGGAAAAAGGAAGUACUUCAUAGUUGCAGUGGACUACUUCACCAAGUGGGUAGAGGCGGAACGGCUGGCAACCAUAACAAGUGCCCAUUGCAAGCACUUCGUGUACAAAAACAUUUUGUGCCGUUUUGGGGUCCCGAUGCAACUCAUCACCGACAACGGACGCCAAUUCGAGGGGCAAGAGUUCGAGGGGUUCUUUGCAGAAUGGCACAUUACUCACAGCCGGGUGGCCGUGUGCUACCCUCAGGCAAAUGGGCCGGUGGAAAAUGCCAACUGCACCAUAGUGGGCGGCCAAAAAAAGAAACUGGAAUCCGCGGGGGGGGGCGUGGGUGGAGGAGCUCGACGCCAUUCUUUGGGCCUAUCGCACCACCCCCCUGAGGGCUACUGGGGAGACACCUUUUUCCUUAGCCUAUGGUUUCGAAGCCCGAGCUCCAGCGGAGGUAGUCAUACCUUCCCAGCGGGAGGAGGACUACGACCCCGACACGAACGAGGAGUACCAUAG